AUGGAUGGUACAAAUCAAACUAUAGUAACAGAGUUCAUCUUUCUUGGAUUAUCUGGAGAUCCCCAGUUGCGGCUCACAUUGUUUGUGCUGUUUCUCAUUGUAUAUCUCCUCUCUCUCAUGGGAAACACACUCAUAAUUUUCAUUGUUCUAAUGGAAUCCACUCUCCAGACACCUAUGUACAUUUUCUUAGGAAACUUAUCCUUUCUGGAGAUCUGGUAUACUACGACCACAGUGCCCAAAUUACUGUCCACCUGCCUGUCACAGGUUGUGACCAUCUCUGUUACUGGUUGUAUAACUCAGUACUAUUUCUUCUUCUCGAUGGGAGCUACUGAGUGCAUCCUUCUGGCUGUAAUGGCCUAUGACCGGUAUUUAGCAAUAUGCAACCCUCUUCGUUACUCACUCCUCAUGAGUCUUCAGAUAUGCCUGCGUCUCUCAACUGGAUCUUGGAUAGGGGGCUUCGCUGCCCCACUUCCCCCUACCAUACUUAUCUGCUUUCUCAACUUCUGUGGACCCCAGAAGAUCAACCACUUUUUCUGUGACUCAGAUCCCAUUUUCAAACUCUCUUGCUCAGAUACAUUUGUGGUGGAGGCUUUGGGUUAUACAUGUACCUCCUUGGUGAUUCUGAGUUCUUUCCUUCUCACUAUGUCUUCUUAUGGGCACAUUGUACUCACAAUAAUCAGACUGUCUUCCCGGGAGGCUCGGAAGAAAACUUUUUCUACCUGUGCUUCUCACCUCACUGUGGUAGCUAUCUAUUAUGGUACCAUCAUCUUUGCCUAUGUUCGCUCUCCAGCCUCCUACAACUUCAAUAUGGGUAAAGUGGUGUCAGUAUUCUAUUGUGUGGUCACUCCACUGAUAAACCCUUUCAUCUACACACUGAGAAACAAAGAUGUGAAGAAAGCUUUCAGCAAAACUAUAGCACGAAAGAGAUUUCUCUUGACCAGAAACAUGUAA